AUGACUACUGCGGCAGUAUCCCCGUCGAGCUCUCCACGACUGCCCAGUCCUCCUCCGUUCACAGAGGUGCAGAUUGGACCCAAGUCACCCUCUGUGGGAGAGUCAUUCGGCGCAGAGGCGGAUUUACAACUUUUGGGUGUUUCGUCAGGCACAGAUGAUGGACCUACAAGGAGGAUCAGACCGGGCUCGAAAAGCAGCGAGAUGGCCGCUGGUCCUCCGCUAAUCCCCCUUUCGCAGCUUGACUCUCCUUUCCAACUCCAAGAGCAUCUGAAGGCGCUCUACAACCAUUACACGCGUCCCGAGGACUCUGACACAGUAGUUCCAAUUCAACGAGAGGUUGCCCGCCAGCUUGCGGAGCCGCCGGAAGGUGUUGAGCGAUCACUAUGGCUGUACGAACUCUGCCGCUUCUUAACCAUGAAAGUUAACAAUCUCAUCAUCGCAUUCUUUGCGGAAAACCCUCCCUGCUCCGCACAGACUUGCCCCGAGAUGCGAGCGUCCGAAUGGCAGUACCUUUGCGCCGUUCAUGAUCCACCCAAGGCCUGCUGCGCCAUUGACUACUGCUGUCACACUCUCGAUUGGGCCACCAAUAUUCUUACGUCACCAAAACACUUUCCAAGCAGGCUCACCCUGGGAUCGGAGUCUGGAGGCGGACCGCAGGCAGGCCUGAGGCACCUCACCAAUAUCUUCCGGAGGCUAUAUCGCAUCUUCGCGCACGCUUGGUUUCAGCACCGAGAAGUAUUCUGGCAGGUAGAGGGUCAUGAUGGACUUUAUAUGUUUUUCAAAACUGUUUGCGACGUUUACCACCUUAUUCCGGAGGACAACUAUACUGUGCCUCCUGAAGCGGAGGGGGAUGACGCGCAUCAACCACAGCAUGUGCAGGAACAGGGUGACGGGCGUCGAUUGACAAUCUUGCGCAAGGACAAUGAAUCAUUACUACCUCCUCUAGAUCAGGUUGAGCCUGCGUCGAUAAGCACUGGUGCCACCACUCGACGACACAAGUCUAGCCCUUCCAUCGGGUCGCGCGUUACAACAAUCAGCGAGAGCGUCGAGGACAACGAAGAGCAACCACAGCAACCACAGCAACCGCCAUUGGAGGUAGCGUUACCUCAACAGCAGUUGCCUUCUGAACCUUCUAGCGGAUCGCCGGGUGAACCUGUCGACUCUCCUACUCAGAGUGCCGAAUCUCAGAUCACCGUUGCCGAGGUUGAGCCGGAAGACGAGGCCUCGGAGGCAGCUGAGGCGUCUUCAGCAGCACAAGAACUGGACGAGAAUCCGCAUUCGGACAUCGCUAAAGAAGAAUCACCUGCUGUAGCUCCGGAAGACGCGAAGCCAGGGGCCACUUCCGAAUCUGACCCGGCAGUCACAAAGUCGGAGUCAGAGCCAGAAACUGACUCGGAUACGAAUUCCGAAUCAAGACAGAAGGAAGAGGAGCCUGCCAAAAAAGACUGA